UUCACUUUGUUGUUCACGAAAUGGGUUGCUUCCAAAGCACAACCCAAUCAGGAAAAAGCGAAGAAGUUCGUUGACAAUUAUAACAAAGAAGCGCAAAAGCAUUAUGUYAAUGUCUACGGCGCAACAUGGAAAUUUCAGUCCGAYAUGAAGCCAGAAUUGCAAGCUAUAAUAGCCGAGGCAGAAGCGAACUACACUAAAUUUGAUAACAUAGUUACAGCUAAAGCACAGAAAUUGCCUAAGAAAGGAUUGGACUCCAUGAUAAGCCGUCAGCUCAUGUUUAUUAGCAAAAGCGAUUCUCCCAAAGAUUCCAGUCUAGCAAAUGAGCAGAGCCAACUUGUGUCUAAUAUGACACAGUUGUGGGGGAAGGGAGGCGUGUGUAUAAAAGCUGAAGAUGGAAAAUGUAAAGUCUUUUGGCCACUUAUUCCGAAUCUACUUCAAACCAUGGCACAGUCUCUCAACUACCAACAGCGUCUGUUUGCMUGGAAAGGCUUCCGCGAUUCUACCGGACCUUACAUAAAGCCUUAUUUUGCAAGAUACACGUACAUCAUGAAUAUUGGCGCUCAUGAUCAUCAUUGGGAUGACAUAGGCCAGAGUUGGAGGUCUGAGUACGAGCUACCGAAAGGAAAGCUAAUUCAGUUGAUGAAAGACUUGUGGGAAGACUUAAAACCGACUUAUGAAAAACUCCAUGGUUAUAUUAGGUUYAAGUUGAGACAGAUUUAUAGCGACCAGAAUGUSGASUUUGACGGCCCCUUUCCUUCCCAYYUKCUGGACAUGUGGGGGUUUGACUGGUCGUACCUAUCAUACAAAGUCAUGCCGUUUCCAAAGGCAAGCGAUUUACAGAUUACUGCAGCAAUGUUAAAAAAGAAAAUGAACGUUAUAGRCAUGGCAAAGACAGCUGAAAAAUUCUAUGUGUCCAUGGGACUGGAAAAGAUGAAUGAUAAUUUUUGGAAGAAUUCCCUCUUCAGUCGCGAUCCUAAAAAGAAUGUCGAUUGUACUGUAACAGCUUGGGACUUUGCGCCUGGAGACUACAGAAUCAAAAUGCCAUGUGCAUCUGUCAAUGAAAACGAGCUUCUCACUGUUAUUCACGAAAUGGGUCAUAUCCAGUACGACAUUAUGUACGCAAAGCAGCCGUACUCGUUCCGUAACGGUGCCAAUCCUGCGUUCCACGAAGCCGUUGGUGAUGCGCUUACGUUAUCCGCAAGGACGCCAUCUUUUCUAAAGGCAGUUGGAUUACUAGAUGAAGGAUUUGUCUCGGAUAGAAGAACAGAAAUCAACAUAUUGAUGAUGCAAGCCUUGAAGAACAUCGCUCUUCUUCCAUUUGCCUUGACCAUCGAUUUCUGGCGCUGGGGUGCGUUCAGUGGAAACAUCACGAGAGAAAACUACAAUGAAGAAUGGUGGAGGUUGAAGAGAGARUAUCAAGGGGUUGUUCCACCUGUGGAAAGAACAGAGAAAGACUUUGAUCCUGGAGCUAACUCUCAYAUUUGUAAUAGUACACCAUAUGCAAGGUACUUUAUUGGSGGSGUUUUGCAGUUUCAAUUCCACGAAGCCAUGUGUCGCGCCUCAGGUCACAAGGGAGAGCUACAUAAAUGCUCAGUAUACGGCUCGAAAAAAGCUGGAGCCAAACUAAGGGCGAUGCUUGAACUUGGCAAAAGCAAGCCAUGGCCAGUUGCUUUGGAAAAACUCACCGGCCAGAGAAAGAUCGACGCUGGUCCCAUAAAAUCAUACUUUAAACCCUUAAUGGAAUGGUUAGAUGAACAGCAGAAAGCCAAUCAGUAUCCUGUGGGAUGGUAAAAAGCCUGGUGACUARGCAUGAAUAAUUACUUUUGAUUUACAGGUGGGGUGAUUUCCCGAGUUGCAUGACGGAAAACAGGAUAGAAAAAAUGCUGAUCAUGAUCCAUCAUGCAUUUCGACCAUGGUAUAGGGUUUUUAGGGUCCGAAUAGAGAUACCAUGUUAGCACUUAACACUCUUUUUAGCUAUAAAACAUUACUCUUAGUUUUUACACAUUUAACAAUUAACAUUGCUAUUAUUUUUUUACCCAUUUAACACUUAACACUUUUCAAAAUGGCCAGUUUUAACAGUAAACAUAGUAAAACGUCGUUAUUGGAGAAUAAUAAUAAACAUUUAUAAAGGACAUUUAAGCACAAGAUACUGAAUACAAUCAGAGAUAAUGUCAAAGGAACAAGAUAUAUAUAGCUAUCUCAAAAAAGACACCAGAGAGAACGGCGGUGAUCGCGGUGAUGUGUGGCGACGCCAUUUUGUGCAACAAAGCAUGAUGGGAGUUUUUUUAAUGGCGUCGCUAACAUUUCCUGUUGUUGAACAUAGUUUACACGACCAAAAGAGAUAUUCCAACUUGAAUAAAAAAUUCCUAAAAUCUUCAUUUAAUUUAAAGUAACUAGGCUCUUUUUGAAGAGAURCUAUAUGUUAUUUCCUUUUAGUUACUGACUGUCUUGCAGUGGCCGUUCAAAAAUUGACAUUUGAAGCUUUAAAGUGCUAUUUGCAUGAUAAUGCCCUUACUUCAAAACUUCAARYAAUACAAAUAUAUGACUCAUUUGUAUCUUUUAAAAACAAU